AUGGACAGCAGCGGCGGCGAGGUGGCGUGGCGCUUCGGCGCGGUGAACCCAUCGCUGGAGGCGGCCAGCGCGCUGAGCCUCCGCGCGCUCGUUCAUCGGUUGUACGGAUGCGUGGACAGGAGCGACCCGAGGCCGCUCGCGCCGCUCGGCCACGGUGACCCCUCGCCGUUCGCGUGCUUCCGCACGACCGCCACGGCCGAGGAGGCCGUGGCCGCCGCCGCCACCUCCGGCAAGUGCAACAGUUACCCCACCGCCGCCGGCCUCACCGAGGCGUGCAGCGCCGUGGCUGCGUACCUGUCUCGGUACCUCCCCUACGAGCUCUCAACGGGUGACAUUGUCCUCACCGCCGGCUGCAACCAUGCCAUCGAGACCAUGAUGGCUGUCCUCGCCACGCCAGGCGCAAAUGUGCUGCUGCCUCGGCCGGGAUACCCACUGUACGAAGCGCGUGCCGCCUUGGGUGGGCUUGAGUUCCGGCACUACAAUCUUCUUCACGAGAAGGGAUGGGAGGUUGACAUUGAAGGUGUGGAGGCCCUUGCUGAUAACAACACCGUUGCUAUUGUUAUGGUCAACCCCAAUAACCCUUGCGGGUCCGUCUACUCCUAUGAGCACCUGGCCAAGAUUGCAGAGACAGCGAGGAAGCUUGGGGUAAUGGUUAUUAGUGAUGAGAUCUACGAGCAUUGUGCUUUCGGGAGCAAGCCUUUCGUGCCGAUGGGCGUGUUUGGAGAGGUAGCUCCUGUGGUGACACUAGGAGGCAUAUCUAAGAGAUGGAUGGUGCCCGGUUGGCGGCUCGGGUGGAUCGCAAUGACUGACCCAAAAGGAGUCCUCAGGAAGAAGAAGAUUUUUGAGGCCAUCAUAACCUAUCGUGGCAUCUCAGUAGACCCUGCAGCAAUUGUUCAGGCAGCUAUACCCCAAAUAAUUGCAAACACGGACGACGUUUUCUUCAAAAACACUAUGAACACGAUGAGAGAGGCAGCGGAGAUAUGCUACCGGAAACUGAAGGGCAUUGAGUGCCUCACUUGUCCUCACAAACCAGAGGGAUCCAUGUUUGUCAUGGUAAAGCUGGACAUGUCAUAUUUUGAUGGCAUACACGAUGAUAUCGAUUUCUGCACAAAGUUGGCUAAAGAGGAGUCUGUGGUGAUAUGCCCAGGGAGCGGUCUGGGGAUGAAGAACUGGCUCCGCGUAACAUUUGCGGUGGAUCCUCCCCUGCUGGAGGCUGGGCUGGAGAGGCUCAGGUCUUUCUGCCUUAGGCAUGCUAAACCCAACAGGAAGCAGGUGACCUCGUGAUAUUUCAAUACAUGACAUAUUGUUCGUCAGUUGGAUGGAUAAUCUCUUCCGAAACAAAUAAAGUUAAUUUGGCCGUGCAUGGAUGCGAAAGUAUGGAUAAGAAAUGGCAAGGAAUGCGGUUCAAACUUCAUACUAGCUUUAUCUCUAUAAUUAUGCACUCCAAGUUUCCAACCAACGAAGUGUGCCUUAUUUUUUUAUUAAUAAAGUGUAUUGUAGAAUCAUAUUUGGGGAACAGUAAAGUGUGGUGAUGGCGUGAUGCGCUGGUGAACACCACGUUCUUGAA